UGUAGUAAUAUACUUAGUGGUGGUGGUGGUGGUAGUAGUAGUAAUAAUAGUAGUAGCAGCAGUAGUAGUAAUUAUAGUGAGACAAAUAAAAGCGGUUAGCGACGAGCGUUCGGGGUCUUCCGCUGGGAACGUGAUUGGGUCGUUAGGUAAAACCGUAUGAGUAAAUGUUAGGUUAAUUGGGGCUGGGGGUGGUCGUAAUUUACUGUAGUUAUUAUUUAAUACAUUCGACAGUGAACACUGCGAUUAUAUGUUAUGUUUUGUGUUUUGAUAAUUAUGUACUAAAUAUUAUUAUUUCAAUUGGUGUUUGUGUUUUAUUACAUGUAGUAAUUAUACGGCAUCCGGAUGAAUUUCGAAUCUGCGUGGAUGAGCUCCCGUGAGGGAGCCUCCAUCUCCUGUAGUCCAUCAGAAUGACAACCGAGGUUGUGAAGUUAUACGGCGCGUGGUUUUGUCCUUUUGUCCAAAGAGCUUGGAUUGCGCUCUUGGAGAAAGGAGUAACAUUCGAAUACAUCGAAAUCGACCUGUACGACAAAACUGAGGAAUUCCUGUCCAUGAACCCACGAGGACUCGUUCCCGCGAUCACCCACAAAGGCAAGUCGGUGUACGAAUCGACAGUCUGCAUAGAGUACGUCGAUGAAGCGUGGCCAAACGACCCGGCCUUGCUUCCGGCUGACCCCUUUGAGCGUGCGCAGACCCGAAUCUGGUCAGAUUUCGUUAACAAGAAAAUAGUACCCGUGUUUUACUCAGUUCUACAAAAUCAAGACAUUGGAAAACAGGAAGAAGGUAAAGUGUCUCUUAUGAGACAUUUGGAAACCAUAACAAAAGCGAUGUCUACGGAGGGUCCGUAUUUUUGUGGAAACCAUUUUGGAAUGGUGGAUAUCAUGCUGUUCCCGUUUGCUCUUCGGCUCCUCUGGAUUCUCGGUCAUUUCAGGGAGUUCGUCAUCCCGGCAGAGGGCGUGUUUGAGAGGUUUCACAAAUGGAAGGAAGCGUGCGACACACGUUCCAGCGUUGUUUCCACCCUGGUGAACAAGGAGAACCUGAUUGCUGAAUACGAAAGUUAUGCCAAUAAUAGUGCCAAAACUGAGGUUGCAGACGCCAUUAGAAGAGGAGAGGUUCUUCCUUAAUGACGUUGAAAUAGGUUGAACAUUUCUUCAAUACCUGAAUUAGCUUUUUAUGCCUUGGUAUAUAUAGCUGUCACAUCCUUAUUUAAGGUACAUACAUUUAUACUAGUAUUUUAACGAUUUGGUUUGGUUGACCUUUUUUGCGUCUUAAACGUCAAUGUUUCUGAACCUAUUUUGGAGGCUGUGGACACGAGGAGUCAAAUAUUACCAUCUCAACAGUUUUUUUUCUAUUCUUAUACUUAUUUUCAACGUUGUGGAACAUUACAACGACUAGGUAUAACUUUUUAUGAAACCAAAGUAUAAAUAUUACCACAGUU